AUGCCUAUGAAUCAACACCGCGGAUGGCUGCCAAAGGACCCUCAAGUCCUCAGAAAAUGGAUACAUGCAAAGAUCUUGCAGCUACACAGAGCUCCCGUGUCCGCUCCAGACCAGUACUCCCAUCCCGUCAUCGCAGAGUUCCAUACCCUCAUCCGGGACGAUCCACAAGCUUUCAUGUACUUUACACAAAUGUCAAAUGACGAACCGGUCGGUAAAGACGGCCACAAAAACGUCACAGACUGGAAGAUGAUGCUCUGUCUCUUCGAUACCAUCAUCGCAGAAUCUAUCGAGUACCACUCAGACCAGGGUGGUCAAGUCACGGUUCCAAUGAACGCCGUCAUCAAUUCCUUCAUGAAUACCCAAGCAGGCAUGGCCGCCUUCCUCUAUCCAAAGAUCAAUGACCACUUCUUCAAAGUACUCAAAGUCUGGUCCAACUACCUCGCUUCGCCUGCAUCGCGCAGUGUCCUUACCACCAAUCUUAACGGCUGGUUCAGCCCCGAGGCGCAGGAGGAAAGGCCCGAUUUUGCCGAUGUCUUUGUUUGUGAUACGUCCAAGGAGUUCUGGGGAUUCACCUCUUGGGACGAUUUCUUCACCAGACGCUUGAGGGAUAAUGUGUUCCCAGUUUUUCCCGACGACACCAGGUUCAUCAGUAACCCCUGCGAGUCUACGGUCUAUAACAAGGGCUACAACGUCAAGGAGCAAGACAAAUUUUGGAUCAAAGGUCAACCAUACUCCCUCUUCCACAUGCUCAACAACGAUCCACUCGCGAACCAAUUUGUUGGCGGGACAGUUUAUCAGGCUUACCUGAGCCCUACCGACUACCACCGCUGGCACAGUCCCGUCACUGGACUGAUUGCGAAGACUGUCGUUGUCCCCGGCACUUAUUUCGCCGCUGUCCCCGAUGACAAAGAGGGUGAUGUCCUCUUUCGCUCCCUGGACUUUAUCACCGCAGUGGCUACUCGUGCAUUGAUUUUUGUCCAAUCAGACAAUCCGGAAAUUGGCUUGGUGUGCUUCAUUGCCGUUGGGAUGGGAGAGGUGUCGAGCUGUGAAGUGACGGUGAAGGAAGGGGAGGGAAUCAGGAAGGGCGACCAGAUGGGGAUGUUUCAUUUUGGCGGCUCGUCGUGCUGCCUGGUCUUUCGACCUGAAACGAAAAUAACUUUCACAGACGAGGCCGAUGACGGCAAGGCAGUCAGAGUCAAUUUGGGCAUUGCAUGUGUUGCGAACUAA